UCCCCGGCUGCCCCGCCGCUCUGUCUCCCAGCAGGACUACAUUUCCCAGGAUGCUCCGCUCGCUGGGGGGGAGCAGGGAGGGAAGCGCCCCCCCCGCAGGGCCGUCCGCGCCGGCGAGCGCCUCCCCCGGAUUGCUGCAUCCCGCAUCGCCGGCUCUGGGCUGGGUGGGGGACGGUGCCUGCCCGCCCGCCGCCCGCGCCCGUCUCCCUUGCCAGCACCAAAGCCGCCGCCGCCGCCGCUGCCUUUGUCCUCGCUCGGCUGGCCCCGGCAGGCAGCGGCGGGCGGGGAGGGAUGGCCGCCUCGGGGGCGCCCGCUGCUGCUGCUGCUGCUGCCCAGGUGAUGUUUGAGGACGUGGCGGUCUAUUUCUCGCCAGCUGAGUGGGCAGAGCUAGCGGAAUGGCAGAGGGACCUGUACCGGGCCGUGAUGGUGGAGAACUACGAGGUGAUCGCCUCGCUGGGCCGUCUGCCCACCAAGCCAGAAGUCAUCUGCAAGAUAGAGCGCGAGGAGGAGCCCUGCAUGGAAGAGCCCCCAGAGCCCCCCCAGAAGAAGAGGCCUCUGAGCCCCUGGCUGGCAGGAGAUGGAAUCAGGAUGGAGGAGGAGGAGGGAGAAGGCGAGAGGGCAGGCCCAGCCCGGCGCGAGCGGAGGAGCAAGGUCUGCCCUGCCAGGGCGGAGAAGCCGGUGACCCGGCCGAAGACGGCCCCGCCCCAGCCCGAGGAAGGGGCUCUGCCGCGGGUGACCCUGAAGAUGAACCCGCCCAAGUGCCCCGAGUGUGGCAAGAGCUUCCUGAGCAAUGUGGCCAUGACCAUCCACAUCCGGACCCACACGGGGGAGCGCCCCUUCGCGUGCCACCUGUGCCCCAAGGCCUUCCCCUCCCGAGGGGACCUGACGCGGCACCUCAAGACGCACCUGCGCCAGAAGGAGGCCCCCGGCAGCAGCCCCCUCCCCAAGAGCCAGAAGUGCCUCACGGCCAAGCUGCAGCUGCUGCGCCAGCUGGGGGCGGCCCCAGGCCCCAAGAAGCCGCACACUUGCCCGCAGUGCGGGAAGAGCUUCAGCAAGAAGCAGGACCUGCGGAAGCACCAAGGGACCCACUCGACCGAGAGGCCCUUCUCCUGCCUGGAGUGCGGGCGCAGCUUCCGGCUCAAGCAGAUCCUGGUGGCCCACAUGAAGGUGCACGUCGGGGAGAGGCCGCACGCCUGCCCGCAGUGUGGCAAGCGCUUCAGCCAGAAGCACCACGUGGAGAGCCACCAGCGGGUGCACACCGGCGAGAAGCCCUUUGUCUGCACCACCUGCGGCAAGCGCUACGCCCAGAAGCAGCCGCUGAUCAGCCACCUGCGCGUCCACACGGGCGAGCGGCCCUACGGCUGCGCCGAGUGCGGGAAGACCUUCCGCAACCAGGCCACACUGACCAUCCACAAGCGCAUGCACACUGGGGAGCGGCCUUACCGCUGCCUGCUCUGCGGCAAGACCUGCAGCCAGCUGCAGCAUCUCAAGAGCCACCAGAGAGUUCACCGCGGAGAGCAGCACCUCAUCGAGGCCGGCGACAGCAAAGCCCUGGCCCUGAAGAGGGCCCGCGAGAUGGCGGAGAAGCCCUACCCGUGCCCCAGGUUUAGUGGGUACAAAACCACGGCUUAUUUCCUGACUUGAGCAAGGGAAGGAGCCCCAUGAAGAGGAGAAGGAACGAAUCCCCUCCAUGUGCCGCCUUGGGAGCCAGAGAAGGAACCAGAGAGGAAAUAGCCCAUAGAAACCUGGAAACUGGAGGGAUCUACUCCAGAAACUGAAAAAUGACCUGCAAAGUGAAAAAUGAUCCUGAGUCAGUGAAGUGUCAGAAACCAGAGAAACUAUUCAGAGAAUACUUCAGAGAAACUACUCCUGCUGUAGGCUCCCAGUGGCAUCUGGUGGGCUAAUGUGUGAAACAGGAAGCUGGACUAGAUGGGCCUCCUUGGGCCUGAUCCAGCAGGGCUGCUGUUAUGCACAUAUUGUGGGGAAGCUUUCAACUUGAGGCAAAAUCUGACAAUUCACACCAGAAUCCACACAGAAAAAUGGGAAAGAUCCUACAAGUGCCAUGUGGGGAAAUCUGCAGGCCUAGGGAGCACUUAUGAGCGAACCCAUACGGGAGAGACGCCCUUUCAGUGCAAGAACUGUGGGAAACAGUUCAGCCAGAAGGCAAAUCUCUGCACACACUCCAUCGUCCACUCGGGGGAAAAGCCCUUCAGGUGUCCCGAGUGUGGGAAAAGGGUCAGCCAGAGAGUGUACCUCUCUCUGCACCAGAAACACCACACAGGAGAGAAGCUAUAUGAAUACUGAGUGUGGGGAAAGUUUUAUUACAAAGAGAGUCCUCGGGAACCACCAGAAAAUCCACUUGGGUCCUUACCCCUGUGCUGAUUGUGGGAAAACAUUCCAGUCCCAGGUAGGCCUGAAGGACCAUCAGAGGCUUCACACUGGAGAAGCCCUUUGUGUGCACCAAAUGUGGGGAAUGCCACACUGAUAUACUCAGAAAACCAAUUUCAUACUGAGAGGUUUAAAACACACUAUAUGAUAAGAACUUAAUUAAAGGUUAUCUCUGGAAUUUCCUCUCUAGCCCCAACUGUUAUCUCUGAGACUUCCUCUGUAGCUCAACCAUUAUCAUCGGAAUCUCCUCAGCAAUUUCUAUUGUUAUUAUUUACCUACAAGUGAGAUAAUGUAAUCAUCAUGUAAUUACUUGCCUACAUGAUCUGUAAAGUAUAAAAGUCUGUUGUAAAUGAUGCUCGGGGUUCUGGAAUUUAGGCAAUAGCCGACCAGAACCUUUGCUUCUGCAGAGCAAAUAAAGCCUUUUAAAACUUCUCUGCUGGUGAUGUUCUUUGGCUCGCUGACCCAGUAAAAGAACCAUUUGGAUGGUAUAGCAACACCAGCAGUUCUCACUGAAGUACCACCACCAGAGAUUCCACCUGCAAGAGCAGCUCUACCAGUGCAGUUACUGUGACAAAACGUUCUGGCAGAAGGCCACACUUAAGUCUCACCAGACCAUCCACAGUGCGAGUGACCAUAUACCUGCACCGAGUGUGGGAGCAGCGUCCGUUGCAGGAACCCACUCAACAAGCACUUGAGAGUUCAUAUGACGGGGAGAAACCUUCCUCUUGCUCUGAAUGUGGGAGCAAGUUUCCCCCCAAAUGCAGCCUCCGGUCCCAUCAGCAAAUUCACAUGGGGAAAGCCCUUCCAAUGCAGUUACUGCGGGAAAUGCUACAGGCAGGACAGGCUGCAUCAGAGGCAUGAGCAAGUCCAUACAGAGCGACGGCCAGAGUUCAGCAAGUGUGGGAAGAGGCUACGGACUGAUAGUGAGCUCAUGACACACCAGAGAGCCCACGCAGGGGAGAAGCCCUUUCACUGUCCCCGUUGAGAGAAGAGUUAUCACUGAGAAAAUCUGGGCAAGCACAUGAAACAACCGUGCAAGGAAUAAACAACUACCUUCAGGAAACACUGUGCAAAAUACUCUUUAAACUGAGAGCUCAUCAUCCACGCUUUCCUGCCUGUGCAUCCCUGUCCUGAAGCUGGACCCCUGCUGAGAUAGAAAGAUGUAUUAAGGUGGGGAAGCCGUUUUUCGGCUGCUUUGAAUCCAAUAGUUUUGCAAGUUGAGGAUUUCUAAAAGUUCCACAUUAACUUUCUAUGGAGGUACCUAACAUGUAAGUUACGUAUGUUUGUAAUGUAACAGUGUGGAAGGUUCCAAGAAUGUGAAUUAAAAUAUUUCCAUACCUAUAAUCCCUGA